AUGCAAGCCAGCCCUCUGGCUGUUCCAGCAAAUGCCCCCUCCAGGAAGAAGCGGUUGGAGCUGGAUGAUGACCUAGACACUGAGUGUCCCAGCCAGAAACAAGCUCGAAGUGGGCCCCAGCCCAGGCUACCCUCCUGCCCACUGACGCUGAACCCACCGCCUGCUCCUGUUCACACUCCUGAUGUGACCACUGCCUCCAGGCUUGGACCCUAUGUUCUCCUGGAACCCGAGGAGGGGAGCCAUACCUAUCGCGCUCUGCACUGUCCCACAGGCACAGAGUACAUCUGCAAGGUGUACCCGGCCUGCAAGAGCCUGGCGGUGCUGGAGCCCUACUGGAGGCUGCCCCAUCACGGCCACGUGGCCCGGCCAGUGGAGGUCCUGGCCGGCACGCAGCACCUCUACGCCUUCUUCCCGCGGCCACAUGGGGACAUGCACAGCCUGGUGCGCUGCCGGCGUCGCCUCCCGGAGCCCGAGGCCGCCACGCUCUUCCGCCAGAUGGCCGCCGCCCUGGCGCACUGCCACCAGCAUGGGCUGGUCCUCCGCGACCUCAAGCUACGGCGCUUCGUCUUCACCGACCCGGAGAGGACAAAACUGGUGCUGGAGAACCUGGAAGAUGCCUGUGUGCUGACUGGGCCUGACGACUCCCUGUGGGACAAGCACGCAUGCCCAGCCUACGUGGGCCCCGAGAUCCUCAGUUCCCGGGCAUCCUACUCAGGCAAGGCGGCAGAUGUCUGGAGCCUGGGUGUGGCACUCUUUACCAUGCUGGCCGGCCACUACCCCUUCCAGGACUCAGAGCCUGCCCUGCUCUUUGGCAAGAUCCGCCGUGGCGCCUUUGCCCUGCCUGAGGGCCUCUCGGCCCCCGCCCGCUGCCUGGUCCGCUGUCUCCUCCGAAGGGAGCCAACUGAGCGGCUCACGGCCUCGGGUAUCCUGCUGCACCCUUGGCUGCGGGAGAACGCCGUCCCUGCAGCCCCACCUCGGUCCCGCCACAGUGAGGCUGACCAGGUGGUCCCCGAAGGGCCGGGGCUGGAGGAAACAGAGGAGGAGGGAGAAAGAGAUGUGGGUCUCUAUGGCUGA